GCAACCUUACCAGCUUUGCCACAGCAACCGUGACGUCAGUAUUCUGACCAAUCACUGACCUCCCCUCAAGUCUCGUUAGGAGCUCUUCUCUGUUAUCGCGUGAUCUUCGCUGAGGCCCACCGCUAUUUAUAUUCGUAAACACACAUCCAUGAUGAGUUAUUCAGAAAAGCCUGAGGAUAUUACAAAGGAGGAAUGGAUGGAUAAACUGAAUAAUGUGCACAUUCAGAGAGCGGAUAUGAACAGGCUUAUCAUGAACUAUCUAGUAACAGAGGGAUUUAAAGAGGCUGCAGAGAAGUUCCGUAUGGAAUCCGGGAUUGAGCCGAAUGUGGAUCUGGACUCUCUUGAUGAGAGGAUAAAGAUCAGGGAAAUGGUUCUGAAAGGUCAGAUCCAGGAAGCCAUUGCUCUCAUUAACAGCCUUCACCCCGAGCUCCUUGACACCAAUCGAUACCUCUACUUUCACCUUCAGCAGCAGCAUCUGAUUGAGCUCAUCCGUUUGCGGGAGACUGAGGCAGCACUGGAGUUUGCGCAGUCGCAGCUGGCCGAACAGGGAGAGGAGAGCAGAGAAUGUCUCACUGAGAUGGAGCGGACCCUGGCACUGCUCGCCUUCGACAACCCGGAAGAAUCGCCGUUUGGAGACUUGCUCAACAUGAUGCAGAGGCAGAAGGUGUGGAGCGAGGUGAACCAGGCUGUUCUAGACUAUGAGAACAGGGAAUCUACUCCAAAAUUAGCAAAGCUGCUGAAACUUUUACUGUGGGCUCAGAACGAACUGGACCAGAAAAAAGUGAAAUACUCCAGAAUGACAGACCUUAGCAAGGGCACCAUUGAGGACCCCAAGUAGAGACUGUAAUUCACAUGGACACAUUUGAAAUUUUUUUUUGUUUUUGUUUUUUUUGUCCUAUUUAUGAACAGUCAGUGACUGGAUGGCAAAUAUAAAUCUCUCUCUCUAUAUAUAUAUAUAUAUAUAUAUAUAUUGAUUUUUUUUUUCUUGAUGCCUCUAUAAAAAGUAUCUUAACAGCAUAUGAUUUUAUUUCAAACAAAGCUAUGCUGAUUCAAAACGGUAAAACUAAAUGUUUUAUUUUAAUCUACCAUUUCCUAUGCUGGUAGCUUAUUUUCUGAAGAACAUGGAAUAUUCCUAUGGUAAUGUUGUUUGGUGGUAUAUUUUAUAAUUUUCAGUCUGUCAUAUCAUCUGUUUUGUGUUUAUUUAUUUUUUUCUCCAUGCUCUUCACUGGUUUCACAUACAAUACUGUAUCCUCAUGCUUGUUUUAGGCUGUGUUUUGAGGGAAAUAUAAGCUCUUGGUUGGAAAGAAGUCAUCAUAUUUAAUUUUGGUUUCACUGAUAUAAUUUAACUGCUUUUACCAUGGAUCCAACAAUUUCAUUUAUUAUUUUAUUUAUGAGCAGCUACAGAUGGUGGUGAUGUUGAGUAAGCUAAUGUUUUAGACUUCCAUGAUAUAUGCCAUUUUAAUUUCAAAACAACAAAUAUCGUCAUUACAAACUUAAAGCAUUUGCCUUAUGUUCAUGA